AUGCCAAAGACGCUGCAGUCCCAGCUGCCCUCCCCAGUCAAGCAGCCAGCCAAUGCCCCUGCCCCCGACAAAUUAGACAAGAUGUCCAAAAUCACUCUCAGAAAGAAGAAGAACGCUGACGCUCAGGCUGCUUUCCGUGCACGCCGUGCCAACUAUAUUGCCACCCUCGAAGAGACAGUAACCAGCUUAGAGGCAGUUGUAGUCCAGCUUCAGGACUCGUGUCGCGAGGCUCGCGCCGAAGCCUCAGAAUUGCGUCAGGAAAACCACUACAGUGUCUAG